CCAAAGACACGACACUUGCCAUGAAGACAUCGCCCGCAAUGAGUUGAUGAUCGCACCACUCAUACAGUGCUCGCGUUUGUGACCAAAAGACACACUAAUUGUAUUGAAUUUCUCAACUGAUUGUCAUUUAAAUGACUGAAGAAAUGACUGUUUUCGGCAAUUCAUCGAAAGACACGAUGACUGUAACCACUGUCUCCACGCCACUCGACAACGACGUGUCCAAUGUGUCCGACAUUACCACCGAUAACAUCAUCAGUGAUAUGAUGGUUGAGGACACGACCACUACUUCCACAGACACCGCCACAAGUGAUUCCAAUUGGAGUACAAAUAUUUGUAUUAAUAGUAAUAGCAAUAGUAAUAACGAUAAUAAUAUGAUUGACAACAACGCUGUCAAUGAUAAUACAAUUAGUAAUAUAAAUGUGAAUCAAAGUGAGGAACAGUUAACAAAUCCCGACGAUUGUCUUCAGCCCAUCGACAGACUCGAGAAGUACUGCUUUUCCGACAUCAUAUUCCAU